CGUAACAGUACACAGGCUUGUGCUCCUGGCGUAAGUGAGAGAUUGCCAUUGUUGUACGCAGUAAUGAAGGCAGUCGUUGUUUCACGAUGGGCAGUGUUUGCAUCUGAGGCCUAUCAGAGCUGUAAGGGCUGCUGAUGGAUCGCGGGUGAAAGACGAGAUUACACGGAAGCACCUGCCCCCAUAAAGGCGAGCUUGCCGCCUUCCAAGGGCAAUUGCACAGUUUCUCGCCACUUCCACAACCGCAUUCACUCUUUUCAAUAGUGUUCAGCGCGCCUUUCGCUCGUUUGUUUGUUAGUGGCGCUCCGCGCACGGCUUCUGCUACCCGACGCCUCGCUGUGGUUUCCCUGCUGCGCAGUGCACUAGCAGUGUUGACGAUACGAUUAUUGUAAAAGUGUGGAGCUGCCCGCUGCUUACCUGUCGCACGAAGCCCACCCACUCGUUCUUUGUACUGUGUACGCGUACGCGCUCUACGUUGUCGCAAUCAUGCCUUCGCUCAUUCGCUCGCUCGUACUCCUCCCCGCCCUGCUCUCGAGCAUCGUCCACGCCGUAAACCCCGUCGAGGUCCGCGGCCAGGACUUCGUCGAUACUGUCACAAACAAGCGAUUGAUGAUCGUUGGCGUUGACUACCAGCCUGGAGGUCAAGCCGGAUACAAGCCGACAGCGAAACAAGAUGCCCUCACAGACGCAGAUGUGUGUCUUCGUGACGCGGUGGUCAUGCAGAAGCUGGGUGUGAACACCAUUCGUGUCUACAACGUCGACCCCACACUCGACCACUCUGAGUGCAUGUCCAUCUUCAAUGCCGCUGGUAUCUACCUGAUUCUCGAUGUCAACUCGCCUCUCUCUGGCGAGAGCAUCAACCGCGCCGAACCGUGGACAUCGUACCACAAGGACUACCUUACGCGUAUCUUCGGUGUCGUCGAGAACUUCAAGGCCUUCCCCAACACCCUCGCCUUCUUCGCUGCCAACGAAGUCAUGAACGACCUCUCCACUGCCGAGUAUAACCCCAUGUACAUCCGAGCUGUUCAGCGUGACCUGAAGAACUACAUCAAGAACCAUGUCGAUCGCACGAUCCCUGUCGGUUACUCUGCUGCUGAUGUGCGCGAGAUUCUGCACGAUACCUGGGCUUACAUGCAGUGCUCCCACAACGAUGACCAGUCUUCGUCUGAUUUCUUUGGGCUCAACUCGUACAGUUGGUGUGGUGAGGGUGAUAUGCAGAGCUCUGGCUACACCGACUUGGUCAAUAUGUUCCAGAACUCGGCCAUCCCCGUCUUCUACUCCGAAUACGGCUGCAAUAAAGUCCAGCCCCGUAUCUUCACUGAAGUCGAGGCUCUCUACGGCAGCCAGAUGACCUCGCUCAGCGGCGGUCUGGUCUACGAGUACUCUCAGGAAGAGGCAGACUACGGUCUUGUCGUCAUCAAUGAGAACGGCACUCUGUCCCUUCGUGAGGACUUCGACAACCUUCAAGGGCAGUUCAACAAGCUGGACCUUAGCCUUAUCCAGUCGACGAACGCAUCGAGCACCAACAUUCAGCCCCCUGAGUGCAGCAUGGACCUGAUCACAGCUGAAGAAUUUAGCAAGAACUUCACUAUCCCAGCCGUCUGCCCUGGAUGCGCGGAUAUCAUCAAGAACGGUAUCAGCAAUCCUAAGAACGGCAAGCUCGUUGAUGUAACCGACACCAAGCCCAAGCAGGCUGUAUAUGGAUCCAAUGGUGUUCAGGUCCAGAACCUAGAGCUCACGAAGCUGACCGAGGCCAACACACCAGGCGGUUCGAAUUUCAGCUCAGGAACAGCAUCAGGAACAGCUAGCGGCACCGCAGCUCAGCCAUCAGCGACAAAGACUGGUUCUGCUAGUAGUAUGUCGAUGGGUGGCUGGUGCAGCAUGAUUGUUCUUGGUGCUUUGCUGACUGCUAUGCUUAACUAGGCGACGAGACCACUCCCAUACCGACGUCGACCCCAACAGCAAAGGGCGAUGCAUCAAGUUUCGGCGGUAGCCAGUCGCUCUGGUUCACACUGGUGACGAUCUGGCUUGUUGCGAUCUGAGGCAUUUUGAAUAGCGGGCGCGAUACAGCAUCACAGACAGCGACGACAUCAUUUUCAAGCGACAAUCUUUCGAGAAUAAUGGGCUAAGAUAAGGCCAUUCGCGGCCAGGAUUGGCGAAUCUUCUUUCGUGUAUAUGGUUGGACGAUGUAUACCCCUUCUUGUAGCCCUCCCUGUGGGUUGGUUGUUCACUUCUUCAAAGAUACUUUUCUACGUCUACGAAAACAUCUAAUGCAUCCCAAUGACUAUUUACU